UUUAUUCUGAACUGACUCCUUGCCACAGCGUCUUGCAACAUAAGAUUUCUAGUCCCUUGCGAAGCUGGACUAACAGAAAGCAUCUCUUUCUUCUUGUGCGCGUGUAGAACUGGUCCUGAUCAUUGUUAACCAUCCCGAACUAGUGUUACGUUCUUCGAUCGACAACACCCAUCCCUUGUGACAGCAUUGUUGGGACCCCAAAGGAGCAAUCAUGCCACGAACAUAUGCUGAGGAGAUGUCGUACAUACGGCAGUUGAGCCCCGUGUCGUACGAGGUGGCCCAGGGUUUCGUGCCGGGCAUGCGCGUGCCGGGCACCUUUUACGUCAACGACUCGCUCAAGGGGCUGCUGUUCGACGAGCUGCAGCAGGCGGUGACUCGUGGGGAGCACGGUGGUUUCCUGCCGGCGGUGAAGCAGCUAGCCAACGUGGCGGCGCUGCCGGGGAUUGUCAAGCGCUCCAUCGCCCUGCCUGACGUGCACUCCGGGUACGGAUUCGCAAUUGGCAACGUGGCUGCCUUCGACAUGGACAAUCCGGAGGCCAUCGUGUCACCCGGGGGGGUGGGGUUCGACAUCAACUGCGGUGUGCGGCUGCUGCGCACCAACCUCACCGAGGCCGACGUGGCGCCGGUGCGCGAGCAGCUGGCGCAGGCGCUGUUCGACCACAUACCCGUGGGGGUGGGCUCGCAGGGCAUCAUACCCACAACAGCCAAGGACAUGGAGUCCGCCCUAGAGCUGGGCAUGGACUGGUCCCUGCGUGAGGGCUACGCGUGGGCGGAGGACAAGGAGCACUGCGAGGAGUACGGCAGGAUGCUGAAUGCGGACCCCCGCCACGUGAGUGCCCGAGCCAAGAAGCGCGGGCUGCCCCAGAUGGGCACGCUGGGGGCGGGCAACCACUACGCGGAGGUGCAGGUGGUGGACGAGGUGUUCGACCCCGCUGCUGCCCGCCGCAUGGGUAUCGACCGGCGGGGGCAGGUGGUGGUCAUGAUACACAGCGGCAGCAGGGGGCUGGGGCACCAGGUAGCCACGGACGCCCUGGUGGCAAUGGAGAAGGCCAUGGCGCGUGACGGCAUCGUGACCAACGACCGUCAGCUGGCCUGUGCUCGCAUCAGCAGCGCCGAGGGUCAGGCCUACCUGGCAGCCAUGGCGUGCGCCGCCAACUACGCCUGGGUGAACCGCAGCAGCAUGACGUUCCUGGCACGACAGGCCUUCGCCAAGGUGUUCAAGAGCACCCCGGACGAGCUGGACAUGCACGUGGUGUACGACGUGAGCCACAACAUCGCCAAGGUUGAGCAGCACCUGGUUGACGGCAAGCCCAUGCGGCUGCUGGUGCACCGCAAGGGGGCCACCCGCGCAUUCCCGCCGCACCACCCGCUCAUACCAGCGGACUACCAGCUGAUCGGGCAGCCGGUGCUGGUGGGCGGCACCAUGGGUACCUCCUCCUACGUCCUCACAGGCACCGAGACGGGCUUCAGAGAGACCUUCGGCAGCACCUGCCACGGCGCGGGGCGGGCUCGCAGCCGCAACAGCAGUCGCAACAAGCUGGACUACCAGGCGGUGCUGGACAACCUCAAGGCCAAGGGCAUCUCCAUCCGCGUUGCCUCCCCCAAGCUGGUGAUGGAGGAGGCUCCCGAGAGCUACAAGGACGUGAGUGCGGUGGUGGACACCUGCCAUGCAGCCGGCAUCUCAAAGAAGGCGGUGAAGUUGCGGCCGCUGGCGGUGAUCAAGGGGUGAUGCGGUCCAGGGGUGAUGCAAGGGGUGAGGAAGGAGGAAGGAAGGAGGAGGGAUGAGGGGUAAAUAGGGAAACUGUUGAAGGAUGAGGAGGGUAAACAGGAAA